AUGGUAGACGAGAUCGUCAGAUCGUUCCUUUGCUAUGUGUAUCCACUACUGCCUAUCCUACGGCUCGACACCUUUCUAAGUGCACUGGAGGGCAAGCCGGGACACACUAUCAGCCCAUUGCUCUUUCAAGCAGUUCUUCUGGCCGGAGCAGUCUUUGUAGACUUUUCCGGUUUCCGGCACGCCGGAUAUCAACAAUGUAAGGAUGUUCAAAGGACGCUAUUCGGUCGAGCAAAAGCGUUGUAUGAUAUGGAGGUCGAGGUCAAUCCGGUCACCGUGGUCCAAAGCCUACUUUUGAUGACUUACUGGCAUUCUCGUCUGAACGAUUUCCAGGGACGUGUUCACUGGCUAAGGAUUGCUAUAUCUCUUGCGACAGAGGCUGGCCUGCACAACUCCAACCUGCGGUACGAGGAUCCCGCAGAGAACGACUUCCGGCGCCGGUUAUGGAGCUGUUGCAUUAUCAGAAGCAGCUUGGUAUGCAUAGGAGAGCGUCGACAGGCGCUGGUGCCACAAGCAGUGUUAUGUUUCCAUGAUCCGAAUUUACUGAAAUGGGACGAUACCUCUCUUUCCCGCGCCCUCGAAUAUUACUCGGUCGCUCACCUGCGACAACAGCUAGAGCUGUUCGGAACCUUGUUCUUUCAGGAAGUGGAGCUGUGUCGAGAAAUCCAGCACGUUCUGCAUACCCUGUACGAGUUCAGUGGGGUUCGAGUGAGCGAGCCUGGCAUCCCUAUCAUGACAUUGAUCCCGAAGACGGAAGCCAUGGGGUCUUUGGUCAUCUCGUUGGACGAGAGACUGCGAAUGUGGCACGGGCAAGCUCUGCAGCUGGGAUUGUUCGAGCGUCGGCAUAACCCUUUCGGCUCACUUGUUUCACUGCAUUCUGCUGUGCUCGAGAUGCUCUACUAUACGUCACUGUCCACAGUGCACCGGCCGAUGAUGCUGCGGCAAUGGCAGACGGACACUGCCACAGAAGCACUGCGCCGGUUCUCAUCUUCUACACUGCGGUCUUCUGCUUGCCGCAUAACGGACAUAGCCCGAGAUCUCGAGGUCAACCACGAGAUCUCUUUGCUGCCUCCGGUAGGCACCGCCAUGUUCAUCGCGGCGAGCCUACAGCAUCUGCAGGAUUCCAUGUCGACGAACUUGGAUGAAUGCCGGUCGGGCUCUCUAUAUCUGGGCCAGGUCUUACGCAUCUUUCGUCUCCUCACGGAGAGAUACAAUCAUGUCAACACUGCAAUCGAGUAUAUUGCCCGAGUCCAGAACGGCAACGGGGAGCAAUUUGACCAUUACCUGGAAUGGGAAGAGCGAGUCAGUCCAACAGGUCGAUGGGAGACACACCGAGUGAAUGCCCUAUUGCGAUAG